ACGCAUUUCUGCGCCCGCGGGCACGGCUGGCUCUGCGCACACACACACAUACACACGCACAUACACACACACACACACACAGACACACAACCAGACACACACACACAUGCGCCAGUCCUUGACUAAGGGCACACGCUAACCACCCAAAUAGUGCACCCCGCGGUCCCCAAUCCCUUUCUAUUAGAGACGAUACGGGGUUGUUUUUCUUCUUCUUCUUCUACUUCGUCUUCUUCUUCUUCUUCUUCUGCGAGGAGACGAUUUGCAAACUAUAUCGGCGCUUCCAUGAUGCUCGGAGCAGUUAAGAUGGAAGGACACGAGCACACCGACUGGAGCACCUACUACGGAGAGCCCGAGUGUUACACCUCGGUGGGCAACAUGAACACGGGCCUGGGGAUGAACUCUAUGAACACUUACAUGAGCAUGUCCGGCAUGAGCACCGCCAGCAACAUGACGGCCAACUCCAUGAACAUGUCCUACGUCAACACGGGCAUGAGCCCCUCCAUGACGGGCAUGUCACCGGGCACCGGGGCCAUGAACGGCAUGGGCGCGGGCAUGACGGCCAUGAGCGCGGCCCUGAGCCCCAGCAUGAGCCCUAUGACGGCGCAGCCGGCGUCCAUGAACGCCCUCACGUCGUACACCAACAUGAACGCCAUGAGCCCCAUGUACGGACAGUCGAACAUCAACAGGUCGAGAGACCCCAAGACCUACCGGCGGAGCUACACGCACGCGAAACCCCCUUACUCCUACAUCUCCCUCAUCACCAUGGCCAUCCAGCAGUCCCCCAGCAAGAUGCUGACGCUCGCCGAGAUCUACCAGUGGAUAAUGGACCUCUUCCCUUUUUACCGGCAAAACCAGCAGCGCUGGCAGAACUCCAUCCGCCACUCUCUGUCCUUCAAUGACUGUUUCCUCAAAGUGCCCAGAUCGCCGGAUAAGCCCGGCAAAGGCUCCUUUUGGACUCUCCACCCGGACUCGGGGAACAUGUUCGAGAACGGAUGCUACCUGAGGAGGCAGAAGCGCUUCAAGUGCGAGAAGAAGAUGACCAAGGAGUCCGGACGCAAGACCUCGGAAGGCGGGUCCAACAGCAGCUCGGAGAGCUGCAACGGCAACGAGUCGCCGCACUCCAACUCGUCGUCCAACGACCACAAAAGGUCCCUGUCGGACAUGAAGGCGGCGCCGGCUCUGAGCCCGGAGCACGCCGCCUCGCCGGUGUCGCAGGCGCAGCAUCUCCUGCAGCAUCACUCCGUGCUGCAGGCCCACGACGCGCACCUCAAGCCCGAGCACCACUACUCCUUCAACCACCCGUUCUCCAUCAACAACCUCAUGUCCUCGGAGCAGCAGCACCACCACAAAAUGGACCUAAAGACUUACGAGCAAGUGAUGCAUUACUCCGGCUACGGCUCCCCCAUGGCCGGAGCGCUCUCCAUGGGCGCCAUGGCGGGGAAGGCGACUUUGGAUACUACCGCGUCCAUACCUGACACAGCUUAUUACCAGGGCGUCUAUUCCAGGCCCAUCAUGAACUCGUCAUGAAUCGCGUCUAAAAUGGACUCCCCCCCUCCCCCCCACCGCCCCGCAACACUUUGUAUAUUUGUACAAAAAUUAUAGUUUGUGUAUAAUAUGUAUUUCAGAUAUUUUUUGACGUUCCCCCCCCCCCACUGAUUUAGCUGUCGAGUUUGUUAGUAUAGCCUAAUUAUUUCGAGAGAGGACGUUAUAUCUCAUGACGUGACAACAUCUGUUCAGCAGUCGGCUGUAGGAACGGACCCAAAAGACAGUAAGUUGCUGUAAAAUAGCCUCCGCCCGCGUAACUGGACUGGUGAAGAAUUCAAACGCCCCCCGCAGGAGUUCUCCCAUCGUUUGUGUAAUUCCUAUUUAUGGCUUGUAUAUGUGUAUUCUUGUAGUGACAAGAACAGAAUCUAUAUUAAAGUGUUAUU